AUGGAGGUUAGGUUGGCUCAGGUCAAGCACGAAUGGGAGGGGACCAUUGAAGAACUUGAAAAGAUUAUCAAGAGACUGAUUAUGAAACAUAAGACUUUCUUGAGCCAAAUGCAAAUGGCAGAAAUGAGAGAAUGGAUGGCGUCUGACGCUGAGGAGGAGUUCAGCGAACUUGAGCUCGCCAUCUGCGACCUUAAAGAUUCAUUGAGAGAGCCAGAGAAUGAGCUUCAAGAGAGCAUCAGGAGCGGGCAAAUCUUCAUGGAGACGGACGUCAAUUAUUUUCUGGCUAACGACGGUAGUCCUGGAGAUGUCACGGCUUGUUUCCCUCACUUGACACAAGUCCGCAAAACCUUGGUAGAGCUGCACCAGCUGCAUCCGAGAAUCGGCAUUAUGCAGACAACCUGCAAAGAGAUGCUUGAGGACUCGUAUAGAGCACGUAAAAGGCCGUCACGCACAACGUUCCACCUGUUCAUGUAA